AAAUGAGGUGGUUAUGUCACAGAAUCAACGCAUGUCCCGGAUGUAGAGGAUUAACCUCCCGCUCAGUUUCCUCAAAGACAGCAUUAUUAAGAGUUAACUUUGGAACUAUUUGACAAAUAUUGUCUCCAAAGGCGUGUUUAUGCGGUUAGUGAGUAAACUGGUUCCUUUAGGCGCAUUGCAUAAUGCCCUAGUUAGCUUGCUAGCUGUUAGCUGCACCCUGGCUAAAGUUGGCGGCGCCGAGACGUUCGAAGACGUCGAAAUGCCCCCGGGAGGAACAGAAAACACCGGCUCUUUCGUCUAUUUCGCCUUCGGGAGCAACAUGUUGAGGGAGAGAAUUCGCCUGGAUAACCCGUCGGCGACUUUUCUCGACACCGGCCGACUGAAGGACUACCGACUUGAUUUUGGUCUGUGGGACCAAAAUGCAGAGAGCAAGAGCUGGCACGGCGGCGCGGCCACCAUCCGAGAAAGCCUCGGUUCGGAGGUGUGGGGCGUCAUCUGGACCAUGAACCGAGACCACGUGGACUCCCUGGACCAUCAGGAAGGCGUCCACCGCGGCUUUUAUUCUCCGCUGGAGGUCCGAGUGGAGAGCCGCGGCCACGGAGAGAUGACGUGCAGGACAUACCAGAUGAACAACUUUCACGCACGGCCCACCUCACCGCAGUACAAACACGUCAUUUGCCAAGGCGCCCAACAGAACGGACUUCCCGAGCAUUACGUGGACGGACUGCGGGCCAUCCGGACCAACAACUACACGGGGCCAACUACGCUGGAUCGCAUCAAAAUUGACGUGAAUUAUGAAUGAUGAGAUGACAUUCGAUCGCAUUUCCAUACCUUGUUUGGAACACAUUUACUUCAAAAUGAUGAGAGGUAAUCACUUACCUUGCAGCCAGGAGGGACAGGGAUGCAGUGUCACUUCCUACUGAGAAAUUCAGGUGUGUGGCUAAAUCCAGAUUCCACCCAUGUGCUAAAACGACUCGUUACUUCAAUGAGUAGGACAGCGUUUUUUUAAGCAUGUUUUGACAUAAAAAAAAUAAAUAAAUAAAAAUGAGCUUGAAUAAUUGACAUUCUUUUCAAAGUAAACCAAACAUUAAAAUAAACUUGUGACUAAAAUGACUAAAAAAAUGUUACUUGCUGCUAGCUUCCCACCUCAAAUGGAUUGGAUGUCUGCGUGUUAGCACAUCAGUGAAAGUUUCUGAGGUGAGAUUAUAUUCAUAUUAAUAUAUUGUAUUUAUUGUCUAUUAUUAAGUUUGGGUCAUUUGCAGGUUACUUCCUGUUGAAUUUGGGGUGUUUGCAGGUCAUUGAAAAUAUGAUAUUUUUUUUUGGUCUAAUUAUUUCUUAAUUUUUCUGUUAUUGGUGUAAAUCGGACAAAAAAUGUAGGAAAAUUUGGAUGAUUUGAAAUUUUAUGUCAACCAGUUUAGGGUGUAGUCCGCCUUUCACCUGAAGUCAGCUACAGCACCCUGACAAGGAUAACUGAUGUUGAAAAUGGAUGGAAAUUUACCGUAAUUUUCAGACUAUAAACUGCUACGUCUUUCCUUCAUUUUGAAUCCUGUGGCUUAUAGUCCAGUGCGGCUUAUUUGAUUUGGGUUAAUAGGUAACACUUUAUAUGACAGCGGUGUCAUAAGACUGUCAUAAGACAGUUAUAAUUAUGACAUGACACUAUCAUGGGCAUUACUGAAUGCUUAUGUCAAAACUAUGUCCAGCUCGGAUCUUUUACAUCCAUUCAAAAGUGAUAUAAUUUGCCAAAUAACACUAAAUGACAUCAUUAAUGCUCAUGACAGUGUCAUGUCAUAAUUACUAUUGUCUUAUGACAGUCUUAUGACACUACUGUCAAAGUGUUACCAAAUGCCAUAACAAUUAAUGAAACAACUGGAACAGUAACUGAAAAAAAUAGUUGGCAUAGAAUUUUGAAAUUUACAUCUGUAGCGCUGCAAUGCAUGCAAGGAGGCAUGUUGGAGAAUAACAGCGUUGACAGCAGAAGUUGACCGUUUCCCCCAAGGGAGCAGUCUUGGCCAAAUGAAGCUCCUUGAAGCAAUGAAGCUUUGUAGCCAAUUGGUUCAAAGCUUAAUAUCUUUUGGUGUAAAUAUUCCAAAAUACAGUGAGGACGGCUGCGGUUUAUAGUUCAGUGCAGCUUAUCUGUGAACAAAUGCAGUUUUCGUGCGAAAUUUGGUGGGUGGCGGCUUUUAGUCAGAUGCGCCUUAUGGUGUGAAAAUUAUAGGGUUUUUUUCCCCAUUAGAAAUUGUCGUAAACAUUAAGCUAAAAAAAAAUGUAAAGAACCUAUGUCGCGUGAAUUUUCGCAACGUUGCGAAUCCUUCAAGCUGUACGGCACUUUGAAAAACAGGGCGGGACAAAAGGAAAUCGGGAAAUGAUUUCAAACUUACAACGUAAUCAAUAAAAUGUGGCUAUUCAAAAAACAAAACAAUAAGCAUGAAUUGUUUUUUUUUAUUCUUCCAAAGAGAACAAAACACUUCAAGCAGCAUAAACAGGAUAUGAAACCACUUUUAUUUUGGUAGAACACUGUAAGGGGGCUGUGAAAGGUAGCGGAGCAAUUAGUGGGUUGGGGUAACACUUGCAACACCCACCAAAGUAAAAAAUAAGAGCACAAAAAUAAACAGCAGCUUUCGUGUGAUCAGAACAUAAACAUAGUGUAUACGCAGAUACUUUGGACCUGUACGUUUUUUUUUUCCCCAAACUACAAAGAGACAACUUAGGUCUGGAAGUUGAUAAAAAACAUUUAACUUAGUAAUAUUAUCAGUCUAGUGAAAAACAAAAAUUUGUACAUAUUUAUAUAUAUAAAAGGAAAAAAGGAAGCGUGAGAAGCGUAACAAGGAAGAAGUAUUUCGUCACCUCACCAAUGGGAGAAAUGGCCACCUCUAGCGGAAGACCAAAGAACUACAACAACGACGUCGCUGUUUACCCUGUCAUAAUCACAGUGAACCUUCAUUGUUUUAAUCUGUUGAAUAAUUUUGCAAUUAAUUGGAUUCAAGAGAUUAACCUGUCAAGAAAAAAAAAUGUCCGACGGAUUUUAAUGCUGCCAAAACGGAUUAGACGUCUAUCACAGUCAAUAGGACUGACACGCUCAAUGGCGGUUAGCUGGUUCAGAACAAUAUUUUCAAUCAUUUUUCUCAUAAAUUUGAAAUUAAUCUUUAUUUCUGACUAGAUUCUAAUGUUGCCAAUCAAAAUUGGACUGACACAUUCUCAUUGGCAGAUUAAUCUCUUGAAUAAUUUAGCAAUUAAUUAAUGGAUUCACUUACCUGUAAAUUAUGUCUAACAAUUUGCGAUUAAUCUAUUAGUAACGCCAGUCGCGUGUCUUAUCACCGUCGAUGGUGCUGAAUAUAGCUGAACUGCUCGUGAUAAGCUAACGCUAAUGACAAAAUAUUAUAGUAGUGCUUUGGCACACGUUUCUGACAUCUGUAGGGAGUCUCAGUUAUUUUGCUCCAUUUGCACCUCAGCUGUUGUUUUGUCAUCCGCCGCUUGCGGUUCAGGCGUCGUCGCCGGUAUCUCCGGUAGUUCUUCCGGUUGGUCCUCCUGCUCAGAGUCGUCGGCCUGCCCCUCCCCUUCCCUGGUAUCGACGGGCCUCUGCUCGGGCACCUCCAUCGGGUGUUGCACUUGCGCCAGUCGCGCCAUGUCGAAGCCCAAGAGCACGGCGGCGUUGCUGGUCUUGAAGCUCUUCAUGCAGCGCGUACGCUUCUUGCUGAAGAGCGCCGUCACCUCCGACUUGGUGAGCGACAGGCGGCGGCAGAGCUCCAGCGUCUCGGCUCGGCCCAGGUAGGGCUUCACGUUGAAGUAGCGGGCGAUGAAGUCGCGUCGGUCCUCGUACUUGCGGCGGUCCUGCCCCGUCGGUUCUAGCGCUAGCUUGACGUCAGGGUUGGCCUGGAUUUCGGGCGCUUCCGGGAGCUCUUUUCUCUCCUUGCGCACGGCCGCUUUUUGCUCGCGUUCCUUUUUGUUGAACU